GUUGCCAUGGAGAGGCCCCUGCUGCUGUCCCUGUACCUGUGCUGGGCCCUGAGCGCGGGGGGCGCCGAGCGCAGCGGGCCCCCCAACCUCCUCAUCCUGCUCAUGGACGAUAUGGGUUGGGGUGAUUUGGGAGCGUUUGGAGAGCCCUCUAAAGAAACCCCUAACUUGGACCAGAUGGCUUCAGAAGGAAUGCUCUUCCCAAAUUUCUACACUGCUAACCCUCUGUGCUCGCCAUCACGAGCAGCGCUGUUGACGGGACGUCUCCCCAUCAGGAAUGGGUUCUACACCACGAAUGCCCAUGCCAGAAAUGCCUAUACACCACAGGAAAUAGUAGGGGGAAUCCCAGGUUCUGAGCUGCUGCUUCCAGAAUUGCUGAAGAAGGCAGGAUAUGUCAGUAAGAUCAUUGGCAAAUGGCAUCUGGGUCACAGACCCCAAUUCCACCCCUUGAAGCAUGGAUUUGAUGAAUGGUUUGGAUCCCCUAAUUGCCAUUUUGGACCUUACGAUAACAAAGCCACCCCAAACAUCCCUGUUUAUAGGGACAGGGAAAUGAUUGGCAGAUAUUAUGAAGAUUUCAAAAUUGAUCUGAAGACAGGGGAAGCAAACUUAACUCAGAUCUACUUACAGGAAGCUCUCGACUUUAUUAGCAGGCAGCAAGCCAGUCGUCAGCCGUUCUUUCUCUAUUGGGCUAUUGAUGCUACUCAUGCUCCUGUUUAUGCCUCCAAACAUUUCUUGGGCACUAGCCAGAGAGGGUUGUAUGGUGAUGCUGUGCGAGAAAUUGAUGACAGCAUUGGGAAAAUCCUAAAAUCCCUUCAAAGCCUGGGCAUCAGUGAGAACACUUUUGUGUUUUUCACAUCUGAUAAUGGAGCUGCUCUGAUUUCAGCACCUAAACAAGGAGGUAGCAAUGGUCGCUUUCUGUGUGGUAAACAAACCACUUUUGAAGGUGGGAUGAGGGAGCCAGCUAUUGCUUGGUGGCCAGGCCAGAUACCUGCAGGACACGUGAGUCAUCAGCUGGGUAACGUGAUGGAUCUCUUCACCACCAGCCUCUCCCUAGCGGGAUUGCAGCCUCCCAGUGACAGACAGAUUGACGGUAUUGACCUUUCUCCUGUCAUCCUGCAGAGCAAGCUAAUUGACAGGCCGAUAUUCUAUUACCGUGGCAACGAGAUGAUGGCAGUAAGACUUGGGCUUUACAAGGCUCACUACUGGACCUGGAUCAACUCCUGGGAGCAGUUCAGUCAGGGUAUUGAUUUCUGUCCUGGGCAGAACAUUUCUGGAGUAACCACCCAUACUCAGGAGGAACACACCAAACUGCCUCUGCUCUUCCACUUGGGAAGGGAUCCUGGGGAAAAGUAUCCGAUAAGGUUUUCCAGCUCUGAGUACCAGGAAGUUAUGGAACAAAUAUCCCCCAAAGUCCAGCUGCACAAGGAGACCAUGGUGCCAGGGGAGCCACAGCUAAACGUCUGUGACAAGGCCGUCAUGAAUUGGGCUCCUCCAGGCUGUGAGAAGCUAGGAAAGUGUUUGGAACCUCCCAAGUCCAAUCCAAAGAAAUGCUUUUGGCCGCACUAAUAUUCCAGCAUGCGCAGGGUCUGCUUGAAAGCCGUAAACAGCUGAGAUCAUGGUUCACAAUGCACAUGGACACUUGUGUUUACGUCAUGGAAGGGAGUGAUGUAAGAUAUCAUCACCAACUCUUCAGAAGGGACCAAUGGUUACAGCAUUACUUCUCAGGGAUUUAGCAAUUAGUUUUCGUUUAAUUCAGUGUCUCUCUUAAUGGGUCAAAUGAGAUGUUGCUGCAAUGCAUGGUAAAUUUUCAGUAAUGAAUAUAAUUUUUAAAUGAUAUGACUAGAGAAGAUUUUCAGCCAAUCACAACUCUCACAUUCCCUCAGGAAUGACAUGGCUGUCCAGUCAACUUGCUGCUUUCCCACUCAGGCUGUUCUCUUGGAUAACUCUUCAUUAAAGUGGCCUCAAGGGAAGGUCCAAGAAGAAGGUUGCCCAGAACUUUCAUAUCCUCCAGAUAGAAUAUGCCAGAUUUGCUUUGUUUUACUUUCUAGUCACGUAGGAAUAAAGUUUGUAGCUAGCUGCAGUCAUUUUCAGUAACUGUUUUAAAAUUGUACUUCUAGUGUAAACUCUUUGAGGCAUGGCCUUUUUUUCCCCUUUUAUCUUUUUUAGUGUGUGUACACAGCACAGGUCCUAGCACAAUGGUCUGUGAUCCUUGGUUGGGCUACUUAGGUGCCAUCACACGACAAACACCACCCACGGGCUCUGCGUCUCCCUGAUGCAAACAUUCCCUUCAAUAGCCUAAUAUUACCCAGCAGGUUCCAAGCGGGAGAAUGCCCUGUAUUUCUCAAGCAUGAAUCUGCCAACCGAGCUGUUGUGAGCAUGAGCUAGGUAAUGUUUGUAAUGCACUUUGAAGAUGAAAAGUGGGAUGUAAGUGCUAUGUUUCCCUACAGUAUUACAGGGAGUUCCUUUGGGACCCAGGGAUGGCCCUCAGUGGCUUAGUCCAGGAUUCACUCACUUCAGAAAAUCGGGGUUCAGAUCUGGAUUUGGUCACACUUCCAGCUUGCCAAAGGAAGUCACUUUUCAGUCCUACGGGCACAGCCAGCUGGAGGCUCGGAAAGGCCCAUUUGCAUCAGGAUCUUUAGUCUUGGCACUGUUCCCAGUUUAUGCUCUAUGGGGAAUUCUUCUCCCGGUGCAAACUGUCCAAGUGCUGCACUCAGCAUCCUGGGGCCAGCAUUCCUGUAAGUGUAGUUCUCAGGAAAUGUGGAGCCCCAGCAGAAUUGCACAUGGAAGGCUCUUCCCCUGGCUCUGUAUCUGGUACUCAUGCACCUCGCUAGUGCUAGUGGCUUUCUGGUGCACAAAGAAAAGCUAACAAGCCAUCUGGGGAUUGCUGGGGACAUGCUAGCAGUAGUCCUGUACAGCCUGUCUGGGCCACUUCUGUCACUUCAGAGCACUUGAUGCUAUUCCCAUUUGUCUUGAUGCAGAGGUGAGUUGCUUCAGGAAGGCAACAACUCUUCCACUUCUCCCCCCACCAAAGCCCACAACUCCAGAUAAAUGGAGACCACCAGCUUCGGUGCUAACCAUUAUACCACCCUUUGCGACCCUGGCUCUACACCCUUUGUCCACACAAGCUCUUCUCCUGCUUCCAAGCCUAAAUAACCCAAUCCUUCUGUUCCCCAAAGUACUUGCCUCCUCUAAACCCCCUUCACAGAGGCUGGACAGGCCCACAAAUAUAGGAUGGUCAAGAAGUGACACUGGAGUUGGCCUUAGCGCCCUUUGUGUCAGGAAUUAUAACAAGUACCAGAGCCUCACCCUCCAGCAGAGCCCUCUUAGUAUCGCACAGAUCUGCACAUCUGUCGGGGUGAUUUUUCUGCUGUUCUUCAUCUUAUUUACCUUGUGGGUUAGAGUGUUCCUUGUUAUCCAUCAAAGAUCUCAAGGCAUCUCUGAUUGAGUCCUAACAUAUUUUAUGUAUGUCAUCAGAGUAUGGCUGGUGCAGACAGCCCAUUUUGAGUGAUACGCUGGAUGACAGGAGAUGAUGGAUUGGAUCCUGACUGUAGCCAUAGGAAUCAUUACAAAGCCGGCACCCCCAUUUCAGAUCUCUCUCCUCUCUAAGCUUGACUGCCGCUGGGAUCUGUCACCCAGAAAUGCUCAGAGCUCUACUAUCCAUAUUUGUUUAAUACUCUGCACUCUCAACAGGCAUGGAGAUCAGCAGAUGUUGGAUUCCUUUAUUAUGAUGCUCUGAAAAUCACUGUCAACCUAAAAUGUAAUUGUUAUGAAUGUAACGCUAUGAGAUCCAUGGACGAAAGGCACCAUGUAAACAGGGGUCAAUGCUUGUUCUUUGAGGUCCAGCCCAAACACACUGAGUUAUUGCUCAUUCUAAGCAUUUAUACCAUGCUCGUCACAGUAGGAUCUGGGUGCCUCUUAUCCCAUGUAUUCCUUACUUUCCUCCCCCUUUUUCUUUCUUUCCCAACUUAUAGUGUCGAAGAUGCUGCUUUUCCCCUCUCUAUAUAUCUUGCUGAUACAGGCCCAUCAACUUCUUAAUGCCCUCAGUAUUUGAUCAGUUACAUGGAGCCCUGAUUUUCAUCACUCUGACAACUCAGUUGCUUGAGAUAACACUCCCAUGCUCCUGAUUUCUGUGAUCAAAAACAAAGGAUCAGUCAGACACCGCAAGCCAACAUCCUUAGUAUAUCUGACUGUUCCUUUACUAACUUUAGACUUUGCCAACUCCAGGUGGGUUGCAUCAACUGAAACAUUCCAGAGGAGCACAUAAUAUUGACAUUUUCCCUCCUUUCUUUCUGGUUCUCUAAGCAUCAUAGUGUUAUAUUAUUGUCUGGAAAAAAAGAGGGGUGGGGAGAGAAACCAAGUUAGAGAAUGUGCAAAAAUAAAUGAAACUGAUGCACAAGCUUGUAAAGCAAAAUGGCCGUGCACCCAGGCAGGGCCCCUUAAUGGGGGCACAGUAAGAGAUAUGUAGCAGCCUUGAGAUCCCAGGAUGACUUGUUCUGAUUAAACAGAUAUCAAGAGUACUGAAUUGAUUAGGGUUUUACAAACAGCCGUAAGUGUUCAUUAUAAUAUUUCUAAGGCCUGGUCUACACUACCCCCCAAAUUCGAACUAAGGUACGCAACUUCAGCUACGUGAAUAACGUAGCUGAAGUCGACAUACCUUAGUUCGAACUUACCGCGGUUCAGACGCGGUCCACACGCGGCAGGCAGGCUCCCCGUCGACUCCGCGGUACUCCUCUCGCCGAGCUGGAGUACCGCAGUCGAUGGCGAGCGCUUCUGGGAUCGAUUUAUCGCGUCCAGACCAGACGCGAUAAAUCGAACCCAGAACUUCGAUUCCCAGCCACCGAACUAGCGGCUGGGUGUAGACCUGGCCUCAGACACUGAAUUUAUAACAACGUGUCUGUGAUGUGAUUCGGAAACAAUCAUGCUGAAGUGAUAAAUGCUGAGAAGUGCAACACUUAGAGCCAGUUUUUUCAAAAGUGUGUGUGCAAGACGUCUGUGUGUGCACAUUUUAUGCAGAGCUACUGCAAAUAAAAUAGCCGUUUAGAUGUCUAAUUGAUCUAAUUAAUCACUUGCAUGUGCAGUUAUGACGCGUGGAUAUACAUAGCACUCUUAUUUUAAAUCAAUCCCUUUUCCAAAGAGAUACAGAUUUUGCGCACAUCUGCAUGCAGAAUUCUGGAUGCUGUAAGUGAAUUGACAGUGAGAUUUAAUUCUCUGCUCUGCACUUGUUUCUUUAUAAGAGACAGAAAUUUGAUAUGAAGGAGCUACUGCUUUAAAUUAAAAUAAGAAUAAUUGUAGCAAAUGGAAAUUAGCUUCAUAGCUGUAUUGUUAAGAAGUAUUUUUAAUCAAUGCCUCUUCCAAAGGUGGACAGUUUUUAAUGUUGUUGUGGGCCCAGGGGAAUUGAAGAACAAAAUAAAAAGGUAU